CCUUAUAUAAAAUUAUAAUGAUUUGGAGCCAAGGAGUACCGGCCAGCGUUGCAAAAGCCUGGAAAUUUCCCCUCAAUCCAAACAAAAAUGGCGCUCACAUUUUCGCUGAACUCGUUCUCCAAAAUCCCAAAACCCUCCCCACCAAAAACCCAAAUCUUCAGUCUCUUAACCACAAACCCCAAAACCCAUCUCAAAUUUUCUCCAGUUCUCAAGCCAUCCCCUCUCUCCCUCUUCACCACCCGCACCUGUAAUGCAAAACCCACCAUCAAUCCCCUUCGGAAAUCCACAAUCCGGUGUCUUUUCACAGGCAUCGUCGAAGAAAUGGGCGAAAUCAAGCAACUUGGUGUCGUCGAUCAUGGCGGGUUCGACCUGAAAAUCCACGCGAAGACUAUCCUCGAGGACGUGAAACUCGGCGACAGCAUCGCCGUCAAUGGAACCUGCCUGACGGUGACGGAAUUCGACACCCAAUUGAACGAAUUCACCGUCGGAUUAUCCCCCGAAACGUUGAGGAAAACCUCGUUGGUAGAGCUCGAACCGGGUUCGUUGGUCAAUCUAGAACGAGCGGUCCGACCGGUGGACCGGAUGGGCGGGCAUUUCGUGCAGGGGCAUGUUGAUGGGACGGGGGAGAUAGUUUCGAUGGAAGUGGAAGGAGAUUCUUUGUGGGUCAAAGUCAAAGCUGACAAGAGUAUAUUGCAGUACGUGGUGCCUAAAGGGUUUAUAGCCGUUGAUGGGACUAGCUUGACGGUUGUGGACGUCUGUGAUGACGGGAGUUGGUUUAACUUCAUGCUGGUUGCUUACACGCAGCAGCAUGUAGUGAUUCCAUUGAAGAAAGUUGGGCAGAAGGUGAAUCUGGAGGUGGAUAUUUUGGGGAAGUACGUGGAAAGAUUGCUUUCCUCCAUGAAAGGUUAAUGAAGGUAAUGAGGACCAAAUAUUGGGAAAGAUGAUCGGAUGUGCUAGAUCAUUGUGAAAUUCAGGACCACCCUCCCCAUCGGCACAUUAGACAUAUAAUGGCUAUAUUGGAGAAGAUUAGAACACCAUUCUUUCUCUAUCUCAAGGUUAUAUUUCCUUUUUUGUUUUUUGAUUCUAAUAAUGAAAAAUUACGUUGCGAUGUACAUGAACAGGCAAACUUCAACUUGUAAUUUUUCUCUCUUGUAAUGAAGAAGUAAUUUUCUUUUUAUCUUAA